CUCUUCACCUACCUAGUAUUCCUUAUUCCUAUGAAAGAUUAAAAGAUUAACAUCGUUCUACUUACAUAUUAUAUGAUUACUCAGAAUCCUCUUUUGAUUCACCUUAUCCUCCAACGAACUGUACUUCCUAGGUACAUCCAUACCCAGUGUGUGACAUCAACCUAAAACCCACUACCGCUAUCUACCUAUUCACAAUCAAGACGCCAUAUCAACGCUCACUCACACAAUCAACCAUCAACCAUCAACCACCUCGAAUCAUCCACCGCGUCGUUAACUCAGAACUGUAUAAAUUUAUUAUCAAAAACACUUCAAUAAAGUACCUCGAAAGAUUUUACCAAAACCACCCAACCUUCAUACUUCCAAAAACCGUUUGGGUAGAAUCACAAACUUGAACUCGGCAGUUUAUCGACAAACUGCCAUUCGUUAUCCUGAACCUCGACAAUAACCAGCCAACCGGCUUCCAAUAAUUCCUCUCCGCUAUCAACAUUGCACAACACACGAGCCGCAUCUCCCUUCUACCUUUUCUGCCGUUUACAUUAAAAAGAGCUCGAUCGUCUCCUGGAGGCUUGCCAAUAACGACCGAGGGCGCAUACAAAGCAAGCUCAACUUCGCUUCCGUUACCUAACAUAUUCAUCAUCGUACAACCUUCAUUCUAAACCUCCACCAGACUCACAACCUCACUCCGAUUCCUUUACUUUAUCAACCCAACAAUAAGUGUGUCGAUGCAUACGAUCAUUUCAUCAAAGAUAUAGCCUCUUUCGAGUUGUUGAGUCGAGGGGAGGAUCAUUUGAGGAUUUGAGAAGGAUAUCGACCAUUCCUGGUUGAACAAUCGCAGCCAUGGCCUCAAAGACUCCUUCAUCUUCGUCGUCAAGGCGGCCGAGGAACGUUGGGGUGGGAUCUUUUACUAUCAACGAGGAGAUUGGUAAAGGGAGUUUUGCCACGGUUUAUCGUGGUACACAUGUGGUAUGUGUUUGAGUUGAUGGCAGCCUUGUUUUACUGUUUGUGAUGACUUUGGAGGGCUUUGAGUAGCUCACAUCUCACCAACUUGCAUCCCGUCUUUCCUCAUAUCAAUAAUGCUAAUGUGUUUCAUUACAGCCCAGUGGAUCUCUCGUGGCGAUAAAGUCCGUAAACCUUGGCAGACUCAAUAAGAAGCUUAAAGAUAACUUAUACGUCGAAAUCGAAAUAUUGAAAAGCCUUCACCAUCCUCAUAUCGUUGCGCUUAUGGAUUGCAGAGAAUCUACAUCCCACAUACAUCUGAUGAUGGAGUAUUGUGAAUUGGGGGAUUUAUCAUACUUCAUCAAAAAGAGAGAUAAGCUGGCCGACAACCCUUCGCUCUCCGAUAUGAUCGGGAAAUAUCCUAUGCCAGUCGAUGGCGGACUCAACCAAGUUGUAGUUCGACACUUCUUCAAACAAUUGUCAAGCGCGAUGCAAUUCUUGAGGGAUCGGGACUUCGUACACAGGGAUGUGAAACCACAAAAUCUUCUUUUAAUCCCAUCCCCGGAUUGGAUGGCGAAGAGGCAAAGUGGACCAGAAGCCAUGAAAGCGAGCAAGGAAUCUAUUGUACCUAUGGUUGGUAUCAACUCAUUACCAAUGCUUAAAUUGGCAGAUUUCGGAUUUGCUCGAUCAUUACCCUCUACCUCGCUUGCUGAGACUUUAUGCGGUUCCCCCCUUUACAUGGCACCUGAAAUUCUACGUUAUGAAAAAUACGAUGCACGAGCCGAUCUCUGGUCCAUUGGGACUGUUCUUUACGAAAUGAUGACUGGUAAACCACCAUUUAGAGCGGCGAAUCACGUUGAAUUAUUACGCAAAAUUGAACAGAAUGAAGAUGACAUUAGAUUCCCUAGCAAGGCCGUUUUUAGCAGAGAUUUGAAGGACAUUGCACGCCGAUUUCUUAAGAAAAGACCCGAGGAUCGAAUAACCUUUCCAGAAUACUUUGCCCACCCAGUUGUGACCGGACCAAUACCUGGCCUGGUUGGAGAGGAUUUACCCAAGGAGAUUAUUACACCUUUGAGAUCACCGGAAGCCUCCAUAGCUCGACAUCCAUCUUUGAGAGAGCGCCAACGUGAAAAUCCAACUCCUAAGCCUGUUGAAACGACAUAUGAAUCAUUGAUUGCCAGAGAUAUUGGGGAACAAGCUCCAAAGAGUCCGCAUAUAGAUGCCAAUCAACCUGUGGAAACAACAGGCCAUAAAUCCGGCCGUCCAGGGUCAAGAGAUCGGCCUUCACCAAUUUCUGCCGCAACUGCCCCAAAUGUAGAUACCUUACCAAGACAAAGGGACCGCACGGAACGACAUUAUGCUCCAACCGCAAGACCUGUGUCCAGGAAACCAUCUUAUGAUGAGCAAGCAAAUUUGCCAGUCCAGGGAGAGAUUCGAUCGAGUGAUUCCAUAACAGAAGCCGAACAAGAUGUUCGAGAUGCCAGGGAAUAUGUCCUCGUUGAGAAGAAAGCAGUUGAAGUCAAUGCUUUUGCAGAUGAGAUGGCUGCAAGUCCACGACUUGCACAUGCUAAUCACAUACCAAAGCAACCAACCAGAAGACAUACAUCAAUGGGAGCACCAAAUUCGACAUCAGGGGCAGUAGCUGUACCACCCUCACGCGCCGUUCAAAAAGCUCAAGGAAAUAUUCGACCAGAUACAUCAUCCGCAAGGAAUUCAUAUGGUUCCUAUGGUAAAACCGGUAGCAGCCCAUCAACUGCUUCAGCUAUAGCUAAAGCACUACAAGGCGCCAGUGUGAGAGUGUUUGGAGUUUCUUGGUCUCCGACGCUUAUUGGAAAGGGCCCUUCCCCACAGCAAUUAUACAAUCCUUAUCCCGCUUAUCCUACACCUAACACUGGAUUGAUUGGUGACGCUCGACCUAUUGAUGAGGAUCAAAGAGUUGUGAAUGUUAUAGAGGAUUCCGCAACUAGAAGUGAUGUUGUGUAUGGAUUUGCUGAAGUCAAAUACCGACAACUCAUUCCUUUAGCACCUUCUAUGAAUCAUGGCCUUGGAGGUCCAAAUAACGAAAAGGUGGGCGACGCCAUGGAUGAAGAUGAUGGUCUAACGGUGGAGGCCAUCGUCAAUCUUUCCGAGGAAGCACUUGUAUUAUAUGUCAAAUCGUUAUCCCUUCUGUCAAUGUCUAUGGAUAUCGCUGGAGCUUGGUGGAUGCGAAAGAACCGGGGCGGAGUUAUCAGUGGAGGCCAUACUCCAGGAAGCGAUUCAUCAUCAGCAGUGCAGGCAGGAAAUCGCAUCAAUGGUGCAGUUCAGUGGGUCCGAACUCGAUUCAACGAAGUCUUGGAGAAAGCAGAGCUUGUUCGACUUAAAUUGGUCGAGGCUCAAAAACGACUUCCGGAAGAUCAUCCAGGGCAUCCAAGUAAUCAUGCAACAGCUUCAAAAAUAGUUGGUGGAUCGUCAACUACUGAUGGUGUUGUACUGAGUUCUGGUAUAACUGCUGAGAAAUUGAUGUAUGAUCGUGCUCUAGAGAUGAGUCGUACAGCAGCUAUCAAUGAGUUGGCAAAUGAGGAUCUUCCUGGUUGUGAAAUUUCAUACACCACUGCCAUUAGAAUGCUUGAAGCAGUUCUCGAAAACGAUGAAGAAUUUAUUUCUCGAAAGAGAUCACCAAGUUUACGAGAAGAUAAAGAGAAGUGUGAUGGUGGAGAAGUCAAUGGUAUUAAUUUUGGAGAUAGAAAGGAUGUCUUGAAAGGUAUUUACUAAUUCUGAGUUGAUGCUAACACUCUUGAAGAAUGCUGACCUAAAAAUAGUCCUUCAAAUGAUCCGAACUCGUCUUCAUGUUCUCAAGAAGAAAAUGGCAGUUAUCGCUAGACAUCAAUCAAUGCCACCUCUAUCAUCUCCACGUCAUAGCCAUAGUGGAGGAACUACUCCUACUAUCGCUAAUACUCCACCGCAUUAAAACUACACGGGCGAGCAAGAAAGCUGGGCUUUUCUGUCAGCCAAAUGCAUUAUGAUAACAUGGAAGUACUGCUAACGCAUACCUUUGGCGUUGUCGAAUUUUUUUCUUCAUUCUCAUUUCUCUUUUCAUCCGUUUUAAUCUGAAUUUUGUAUGAGUUUUUAGAAAUCUUUUGGGGAUUUGUUUUUGUGUGGAUUUGGUGGAUUUGGUGGAUUCUUUUUCUUUUUGCCUUGAGUGAAUCUAUCUCCAUACGGAAACUUUCACAUGGUGACAGGUUCAUGACGUUCAUUCAGUCUCCCAACUCAAUGAUAUUUAUGAUGGUAUGGUAUGGGAUAGGAUGGUUGGGAUUGGCGUUCUAAACUUCAUACCAGUAUCAUUAUUUUCGAGGAUUGGAGCUUGUGAAUACCCCGGCUUCUUUGAUUUUUCCUUUUAUUUACGAUUUUUUAGUUUUCUUUUUUUUGCGAGAAGCAACGGGGUUAGGAUGGGAAGCGGGAUGGAUGGUUGGUUGGAUAGGAUUGAAUGGAUUGAUGGUGCUUGGUAGAAACAGAUUGGAAGCACACGCAUAUUCACAAGCAAAUGGAUGGAUGGACGAAUGGAAUUGGACACCGCGUCUCUUUGGCGCUCUAGUGGAUUGAAUUAGUUCAGGUUUGGUAUUGGUGUUACGGUAUGGGUUUGAUAGGGAUUUUGAUCAGAGGUUUGGGAAGUUUGUUGAUUGUUUCAAGGGGGUUCUUUUCUUGCUAAGUUAUUUGAGUUUGGGUUUGUUAGGUGGUUGGUUGAUUGUAUUUAGGUGGAUGUGGUUGUGAAUGUGAAUGUGGAUGUGGAUGAAGACGAAGAUGGAUAUGGAUAUGAUUGGUGAAAGAAGAGAUUAGGGAACGAAAGCAUGAAUGGAUGGAUGGAGAGAGAGAGGAGAUACGGUGAUAUGGACAGAUAACCAUAU